CUCUAAAUAUUAAAGUUUGCAUUUUGUGUGUUUCAGUGUGCGAAUCAAUUCUUUCCCAAAAAAGACACACUCCCUACGGUCACCGAAGAAGCUUUGGACAGUGUCCAGUGAACAAAUACCCAAUGUGUACUGAUGAUGAGCAAGACAUAAAGUGCCCAUCAGGCUGUCGACUGCAGGGUCUUAUUGAUCAGGCAGAGGAUGAAGUUUCUGAGCACCUCAGAAAAAUCUGUGAAAAGACAUCUCAAUACAAGACCGGAUCUUCUUCCACAAUGCUUGAAAGUGCAAGGUUCUACGAAGCACAACGGAAAAUUAUUAUCAAAACAACUAUGGAGGAGAAUCGAUUUGUCGAGGCUGCUGAGAGACUUUACAGAAAUCUCACACUGUUAUGGAAAAAGUCCAGCGAUCUUUCCAGAGAGCUACAAAGACAUCACAGUCUAAUCACACAUCAGAUUCAUGAAAUCCGAAGACUUGAGGUGGACAUUGACAUCAAGCUCCGUGCGUGCAAAGGAUCAUGCAAGCAAACCUUUGUCCACCUCAUCGAUCACAAGGUGUAUAAAGCAAUGGAGGACAAAAUGGCUCGAUUUCACCCAACUGCCAUUCAGCAAAAGCCAUUUGAGCUGGACAAAGCACUCAAACUGCAGCCAAUAGAUAAACGUCCUUCAUCUAGAGUACCGUAAAAUUCCUGUUGUCCAGGCAAAGUUUCUUACAAAGUUAGAGGACAAAAUCAAGUGAUCAUCAAAGAUAUUUGGAACUCUGAUAGUGAAUCAUAAACUGUUCUGCAUAAAAAACAAAUUCUCAUAACUAAAAAUGGAGAAGUAUUUAUUUAAUGCCAAGUUCACACUACAUGACUUUCUAAGUCAUCAGGUCGCUGUACAGUUCACACUACACGACUGGAUCUCUUGUAAUCGGGAGUCUUUCAAGUCGGUGUGGUUUUCACACUACACCAUCUAUCACCAACUGGUAUUGCAGGCGAGCUUCUCUGGUCUUCCAAACUACGUUUUGUCACAAAAACGAACGCGAGAAGUGACGAGGGGUUUAAUGAUACGAUGUCUAAAAAUGCACGUAAACAAGUAGCGAGCGAUCAAAGUUUGUGCGCUGAUGUGCAGCGUAAAAUCAAAGAGGAAAAAUAGAAACAGCAUGGAUUGUUCUAUAGUGAGUUGGAGGUUAAUACAUUUUUUUACAAUGCAGUGUUGGUGUUAUAUUUUGUGGAGAAUGAUAAGGUCAGAAAUACUGUAAAACUUGUGUGUAUGCUGAUGUAUUCUGAUGUAAACUAUAUUAUGCCCAUGUCCCACCAUUUUACACUCCUCCCCUGCAUUUCCCCUCACCCCCUAUCUUGCGUUUUCAUUGGCUGUUCGACAUAGCACUCAUUGCCAGUUGGGCAACUCAGAUCCAGAUAUUUGACAUGCUAGAAAUCUCCCUUUGGUCGCCGAGUGCUCGGAUCGAGUUGUUGAGUAGUUCACACAUAGUGUUUGAGAGCCAAGUGUCGAUCGGCAAAUCUAGCGCUGACCAGUCGGCGAGCGUAAAUCAGGGCAAAAGUUGUGUAGUGUGAACUAGGCAUAAAAAGAAGAAGAAGAAUGUAUUUAUUUGUCAUACAUACACAAACAUGUACAGUACAAUGAAAUUCUUUUUUUGGUAGCUGUGGUCAGAGCACAGGGUCAGCCAUAGUAAAACACCAUUGGAACAGAUAGGGUUAAGGGCCUUCCUGAAAAGGGUCCAACAUUGACUGCAUCUUCUGAUUGAUAGCCCAAAGCUCUACCCACUAGUCUACCACUGUCUCACUGUAAAUUCACUCUAUGACCAAAAAAUAUGUAGAUCCUAAUCACCCUAAUUGUUUAUUUCAGGUGUUUUAUCCACACCCAAUGCUUUUAGUGUACUGUGCACAAGAAGAGGUCCAUGAGGACAAGUUUGAUCAAAUUAAUUAAAAAAAUUCCAGCUUCCUGCACAGAUCCCUGACCUCAACCUUGUCCUUCUUGUCUGCCAUUAUUGCCUAACCUCAUAAAUACUAUUUUGACUGAAAGGUGCACAAGUUCCCACAGACAAUCUUGUGGAAAGCCCAACCAGGAGUAUGGUGGCAGCUACGCUGCAAAAGGUGGACCUAUGGUUUUGUAAUAAAAUGUACAGCAAGCUCAUGAUCAGGUAGCAUGCCACAUACCACAUAGUUUACAUGAAAUAAAAGGGCUGAGAAGAUAA